AGGACGCUGAGAGGAGCAGACGGAGCGUUAAUGAGAUACUGGCCGGUUAGAGUUACAGGGAUGCAGUUUUAGCCAUAUUCAGCCGCUGCGUUCAGGCUUGAUCUGCGGAUUUCAAAGCGCGACAAUUGGGACAAUUAAAACAAAACUUUAGUGGAUUAAUUUAUUCUCAAAAAUGGGAUUGGAACGGUUUUGCGUAAAGACGCCGAGGAAGGUGGCCCUCCUCGCCCGCUCACUCUUUUGUGUCACCGUACUAUCACUCACUUUUUCUCAGCCUGCCUGCGAAGCGUUCAACUUGGACGUGGAGAAUCCAGCUGUUUACAGCGGACCUAAAGGGAGCUACUUCGGAUACGCUGUUGACUUUUAUUUAGCCGAUUCUGCCAGUGCAAGUGUGGUGAUAGGAGCUCCUAAGGCCGACACGAGGCAGGUCAAGGUUAAAGAGGGAGGAGCUGUGUUCUACUGUCCAUGGAGCCUCAGCCAAUCAGACUGUCACAUCAUCGAGUUUGAUACUGAAGGGGAUCGCACUUUUUCACUCAAUAACACAGAAUACCAGGUUGAUUUCAAGUCCCACCAAUGGUUCGGCGCCACCGUGCGUUCCCACGGCGACACAAUUCUGGCUUGUGCCCCUCUCUACUCUUGGCGGACUGAAAAAGAGACCCCCUAUUCUGACGCUACGGGAACCUGCUACCUCUCAGUCCAUAAUUUCACCAAAUUUGUGGAGUAUGCUCCCUGCCGCACAGAGCUCAGUGAUGCAGGGGGACAAGGGUACUGUCAGGGAGGAUUCAGUGCAGACUUCACAAAGGAUGGCAAAGUGGUAUUGGGAGGGCCAGGCAGCUACUUCUGGCAAGGUCAGGUGAUCUCUGCAGCUAAGGAGGACAUUAUCAAAGCGUACUACCCCGGCUAUUUUAUGCAGUCUGUGGAGGGCCAAAUCCAGACCAAACAGGUUCAGGCUAAACAUGAUGACAGCUACCAAGGCUAUUCUGUUGCUGUUGGGGAGUUCAGUGGUGAUCAGGUAGAAGAUUUUGUGGCUGGUGUUCCGAAAGGACUCAUGCUUUAUGGUUCGGUGUCUAUUCUGAAUGGUACGGAUCUGAAGACCAUGAUUAACUACACUGGCGAGCAGAUGGGAUCAUAUUUUGGGUAUUCAGUGGCGACGACUGACAUCAACAGUGAUGGGAUGGUUGACCUGUUGGUGGGAGCUCCCAUGUUUAUGGUCCGCGGUUCUGAUGGCCGCCUGGAAGAGAUGGGCAGGGUCUAUGUUUACCUUCAGCGUGGCCCCCUGGACCUGGAGCUGCGCCUACCUCACCUCACAGGCACCGAGGCAUUUAGGAGAUUUGGCAGCACCAUUGCACCAUUGGGAGAUCUUAACCAGGAUGGUUUCAAUGAUGUAGCUAUUAGCUGCCCAUUUGGAGGGGAGGACUGGCAGGGACAGGUCUACAUCUAUAACGGAUACUCAGAGGGACUCAGGGAAAAGCCAUCUCAGGUGAUCACUGGCCAGUGGGCCUCUGGGACUAUUCCUGCCAGCUUUGGAUUUGCCCUCAGAGGUGCUAAGGACCUGGAUAUGAAUGGAUACCCAGAUCUCAUUGUUGGUGCCUUUGGAGUUAAUAAAGCAGUUCUCUAUAGAUCGCGCCCGAUAGUUAACACCAGUGCCUCCCUGACAGUUUACCCCACCAUGAUCAACCCUGAGGAGAAGAACUGCAUGGUCAUUGCUGGAAACACCAGCACUCCUGUUUCCUGUGUCAACCUCAGUUUCUGCAUAUCUGCUGAUGGGAAGCACCUACCAGGCAACCUAGAUUUCCACGUGGAGGUGCAGCUCGAUAGUUAUAAGCACAAGCAGAAAGGUGCAGUGAAGAGAGCUCUGUUCUUGGAUUCCCAGCAGCCCUCGCUCCAGAGGAGCGUGAGGGUUCGCCAUGGCGAGCGUGUGUGCAACCAGACAAAGAUCUACCUAAGGGAUGAGAAGGACUUCAGGGAUAAGCUCUCCUCCAUUUAUGUGGCCUUGAACUUCAGCUUGGAUCCAAAAGCUGCAGCUGAUUCCCACGGCCUGCGGCCCAUCCUCAACUACCAGACCACUAAUGUCUAUGAGCAGAAGGCUCAGAUUCUGUUGGACUGUGGAGAGGACAAUAUCUGUGUUCCUGAUCUGAAGCUGGCGGUCCACGGGGACAGGAAGGAAGUCUACCUGGGUGAUGACAACUCGCUGACCUUGACUUUUAACGCCAAGAAUGAGGGCGAGGGAGGGGCGUACGAAGCAGAGCUAUAUGUGGUCUUACCCCCUGAAGCUGACUACAGCGGUAUUGCCCGCAAUAAUGAGAGCCUGACCCAGCUGACCUGCAGCUAUGAGACAGAGAACCAGACUCGAUAUCUCAGCUGUGAUUUGGGCAACCCGAUGAAGUCUGGCACCAGUCUGUGGGCAGGUCUGCGCUUCACUGUGCCACGGUUGAAGGACACGCACAAAACUGUUCAGUUCGAGCUGCAGAUUCGCAGUAAAAAUGAGAAUAAUUCCCACAGUGAGGUUGUGCCCUACAAGCUGGAGGUGGUUGUUCAGGCUGAUGUCAUUCUCCAAGGUGUGUCUCGACCAGAUAAGGUCUUCUUCCCGCCGGCCAACUGGAAGGUGACCAAAAACUAUGGGGUGGAGCAGGACGUCGGGCCUGCAGUGGAACAUAUCUAUGAGUUGGUGAACAACGGGCCCAGUCGGAUCAGCCACACCCUACUUGAGCUGCGCUGCCCCCUCAGCGUCCAGGGUCACACUCUCCUUUACCCUCUGGAGUUCUCCACUGAAGGCCCCAUCAACUGCACCUCAGACAAAAACAUGAACCACCUACGCCUUAAACUCCAGCACACGUCCACAGAACCACCUAUUCUGGCACUGAAGGCCCAUGAGCACCGUGUCGAGAGGAGGGACGUCCACAGGAAUCAGCUCGCUCAUUUGACUAACCUGUCCUGCUCUAAUGUGGAGUGCUGGUCGCUCCAGUGCAAAGUGGGUCUUCUGGAGAAAGGGACCACUGCCAUCCUCAAAGUGCGCUCCCGCGUCUGGGCCGAGACCUUCACUGAGAGAGUCUACAAGCAAUAUGUGCUGGAGUGCCUGGCCAGAUACAGUGUGAAGAAAAUGCCUUAUGCCAUCCUGCCCAAACAUGCACCCAGUGGACACAAAAAGGUGGUGACCCCAGUGGUGUGGAACAAGCCAGAUAUCGAGAACUCCGUUCCUCUGUGGAUCAUCAUCUUGGCCAUUCUGGCUGGUUUACUUCUUCUAGCUUUACUCAUCUAUGUUCUAUACAAGUUUGGCUUCUUCAAGCGAUCUUUACCUUACGGCACUGCCAUGGAGAAAGCACAACUAAAACCACAGGCUGCCUCUGAGGCCUAAAUGAGCACCAGAGUUACCAGAACCACAGUACCUGGCCAUAUGAUUGCAAUAGAGAAACACAAUGGAACAUGUAGAGUGGAUCAGAAAGCAGUUGAAGAGAUAGGUGAAAGAGAGACCACUGGAAUUCCACUGUGCUGCACUAGAAGAAGACAAAAAAAAAAUCCAAAGAUCUUCAAGCCAAAUGAAUGUUUUUUUUUUCCUUUUUUUAAUUUAUGUUUGUUGGCAGGUUGGGAUUGUUACCAAACAAAACUUUUCUCAGUGCUAAACUGCCUUAUUUUGGUGCUAAUGAUCUGAUGCGUUCACUGCCUCUGACAGGAUAUGGCCACAUGUAGCUUGUGGCAGCCUGGAGCUGUGAAUUACACUGCCUGCUGAGGCCUGAAAGUAUUCUUCUGAUAUGUCCAUAACACAUGUUUUUUAUUGACAGAAGAUCACUAAACAGGUUUCAGGUGAAAACAUCAAGCAGUUUAUAACAAAGGCAACUCUACUUGCCUAUAUGUUUAAACCAAAUCUGUCCAUAAAAAGUUUUUUUUUUUUUUUUACGUAAGUAAGAUCUGUUUGAGGUGUUCCCCUGAUUUUUGCCCAUUGCAUGCUGGGAUAGGCUUCAGCACCCCGCAACCCUGAACAGGAUAAGCGGGUAUUGAAAAUACUUGGAUGGAUAUUUCUCAACUGUUCAUGAAAAUGAUCUCUCUCUGCCUCAGGAUGGUGGACAGCGCUGGGUUGAGGUUUUUUUUUUUUUUUUGCACUCAAAGGAAAUCUACUGAUAUAUUUCCAAAGACACCAAAGACUGACUGAUUGACCUUCCUUUGAGUUCUGAUUUUGACUCCUACUGAUCACUUUGUUUAAAUCCUGUUUGUACUAGUUGUAGAGUUACCAAUGCUGGCAUCGUCAUUGUUGUGUAGUCAACUGGGAUGGGACUGGAACCACCACAGACCUGUGAAACCUCACGAUAGGCUUGAAGCAGUGUGGUGCUUCUGGCAAAAAAAAAAAAAAAAGUAAGUGGUAUUCUCCUAAAGAAUAUUUUGCUGUCUUUACUCCUACUCAGUUUGGGUUGAGCUCAGACAGCAUGGAGACCAUGUGCAAGCAAAUGACACUUCAGGCAAGCGACAUAGUUAAUGACCACGAUGUAAUGACGUCUUGAGCCAAAGACGUGACAAUCGGCAGUGCUGUAGCCUUGACAGAUCAUCGCAGGAUCCUCGCUCCUUGUGAGUGUGAUGGAUCCAUUUUCAGCUUACAGUGUGUGUUACUGUGAGAUACUGUAUUUUUGAUUGUCUUUUGAGUAAAAGCUGCCCAUGUUUAGAAAGAGAAGUGGCUCAAGUCAUCCCACUACCAAGAGGCUACAGGGACUGAACAUGUAAAUGCUUUGUGUUGGUUUCUUUUUAUUUGUAAUGUACAUAGAUUUUAUGUGCCUUAAAUGUAAAUACUUAAUGUCUGUGGGUUAGAGUUAGGUUUGCGUGUGCUCGCAUGUAUGACUUUGUGCAUACAUGCAUUUGUGUGAAUGGUGUAUUUAUGAAUGUUUGUGUAUGAAUAGGUUAUUACCUUUCCCACUGCUUAGGCCUGUUUAUCCCUAUCACCUCUGUAGCUUGAGAUCCUUGAGGUUAAGCCAUUCUGAUAUUACUAUUGAUCUUCAUAGCAUAAAUACAGUCAGUAUUCUGGAUGACUGUUUUAACUGCACGGCAUGGACUAAAAUACAUAUAACCUCAGAGGAAAAAAACAACAACAACAAAAACAAAUCACUAUAGGCUGCCGUCCAGAUCUUAGCAUCCUCCAGGAUGUCUUGUACCUCUAACAAAGGGAUAACUGCUAAGCACUGGGAACUCAAUGUUGUUUGGAAGUGCAAUAUUUAUAUUCACUCUUUUUUUUAAAUAUUACAGUGCUUUCUUUUGUUUUAUUUGUGACCGACUUGUGAUAAACCAGAACUUUGUGUGUCAAAUUAUGUGAGAAGCACAUAGACUAAACCGUUUGUGAGGUUCUGGCUCUUCAUUGUCACUUGCUCUCUCACGAACUAUACUUCAAGUGUGAAACUUUUUUUUUUCUUAAGGAUUUUUCAACUUGAGAUGUACUCACCACUUGCUGGACCACUUUCCUGAUCUUGCUGAUUUUUAUACCACGGCACAGGCUGACACAGAAACACCACCACCAGUCUGAGUUGAACUUGGGCAUGUUGACAUAGUUUGAUAAUUUAUGUGUGCUGCUGUUGCACCUGUCCAAACACCACCAUUAUACUAACCAUAUGCUUUACAUGCGUUUGCCUCGUUACACUCUUUUCAUAUGGCCCCUCUUAUUGGAUAGUGAUUUACUAUUUGUCAAAUGGUCAACAAAAUCCCCUUUUGAUAAUUGAUUUAAAUUCUCUAACAUUGUCGACAUGAACAUUCUUUACUGAGCAGUUCCACCCAUUAUUUAUAAUGACGGGAUAAUUUUACUACUUCCUCCAUGGUUACGUCAGGAGACGGCACUGGGUUAUUUCUUUUUUUUUUAUGUUUUAGCCCAUUUUCACUCUCCAGAACUUUCAAAAAGAAGUUGUACAUAUUUAAGUCAAGGAGAGUAUUGAAUUCAAAUGAUAACUGAUUUGUUGUGAAUUCUUCUCACCCCAUAUUGGGGAGAACAUUUUUGUCAGGGGGAAAGAGAGGGGCAGGUCAGUUUUUACCUGUUAUGGUUUGUACUUUAAAUAAAAUAUUUCUCUUUUUACA